AUGAAAAAUACGCUUUUUCUGGAGUCUGUUAUUUUCACGAGUAGAAAAUUCAUAACUAUUAUAGAAUCUGAUAAAGAUUUAAUAAUGCUUAAUCGCCUUAUUACAAAACGUAGAAUAAAGUCAAACAACGACGAGUGUCGCCGCACACGGGCCACACGCCACAGCCACAAACGCCGCCACGAGAAGCUAGAAGCGACUACUAAAGUUGCUGAAGCAUGCGACAGCGGCCGACUAAGCCAGGCGAGGUUAAAAGCGAAAAAACAGAGAAAUAGACUGAGAUAUCAAGAGUAUACUAAUGGCAGUCAAAGCAAAUUUGAUAAGCUACAAGACGUCAACCCCAACAUCAUAGGAGAAAUUAAAGCAGCUAGACUCCGCUGGCUCGGGCAUGUAGAGAGAAUGGGAGAGGAUCGAGCCGUGAAAAGGGCGUAUUUGAGGCAACCGAUAGGACGACGGCCCGUUGGACGUCCCAGAUACCGCUGGAGCGACGAGGUGCAGAGGGACUUGCAGUCUUUGAGUGCCGACGGCUGGCGAGACCUAGCCCGGGAUCGCAGAGCAUGGCGUCAUCUUGUGUCGGAGGCCAAGAUCCACUUCGGAUCGUUGCGCCACAACAGUAAUACGUUUGUAAUGGCAUGCGUGUUGUCUAGCCGUGUGGUUUUGCACAUUGGUAUCACCGCAUGGAGCAAUGUACUGUGGCCGCUGCGAGGAGACACGCGUCUCCCGCCCAGCAGUGUAAGGCAGGGCGGCAGAGCUGAAGCUAUUUAUACAAAAUCGAUAGCGCGGCCGUGGCCUUGGGCGCAUCGAUCGGCCGAGCCCCCGGUCCGCCCGACUCCGGCCCCGCCCGCCAUGCGCGAUCGCCCCGCGGCCGCUCUCUCCUACCCAGUACCCACCACCUACCAGCUAGAUUCCCCGUGCCCCGUGCCCCGUGCUCUGCCACCCGAGCCCGACCAACAUGCUUUGAUUGACAGCUAG